ACAUGCUUAACAUGGAGUAAUUCUUUUUAUCAAGGUUUUGACAGAGCCAGUGACUAAGUGGAGGAAUGUUCGUGGUCAUAAUAUCCUGGGCUUAAUGUACCAAGAUGCAUCGAGAUGGGGGAUAACGUUACAGACUUACAUACAGCUUACAAUGUUGGAGCAGCAUACCAGACCAAUGAUUUCCCCUGUAAGAAUGAUGGAGCGAUCAAUUCACAGCGCAAAAUACAUUUUUGUAGAAAAUUUGUAUCGAAGUGGAAAAAUGCCGGAGGUGGAUUAUGCUGUCCUAACUGAAUGGUUUGACUGGAUCCAGAAGAACACUGAUGUUUCGGUUGAUUUGAUAGUUUAUCUGCAGACUUCUCCUGAGGUUUGUUAUGAGAGGUUAAAGAGAAGAUGCAGAGAAGAGGAAAAGAUCAUUCCUUUGGAAUAUUUACAAGCUAUUCAUCAUCUCUAUGAAGAGUGGCUCAUUAAACAUACACUGUUUAAAGUUUCCUGCCCAGUGCUUGUUAUUGGAGCUGACCAUGACAUGCAGAAAAUGAUAGAAAAGUAUGAAGAAAACCGGGACCAAAUACUAAGCCCAUAUAAUAUGAAACAACAUUUAUAG